AUGAUUAUUGGAACGUUGUAUUCUUCUUCUUCUGCCGAUGCUGCUGCUUCAUUAGUGAAAAGUCUUCACGUUCACAGAUUAGUGAACAGUCUUUGCAUUCACAGAUUAGGGAACAGUCUUUGCGUUCACAGAUUAGUGAACAGCCUUCACGUUCACAGAUUAGUGAACAGUCUUCGCGUUCACAGAUUAGUGAACAGUCUUCACGUUCACAGAUUAGUGAACAGCCUUCACGUUCACAGAUUAGUGAACAGUCUUUGCAUUCACAGAUUAGGGAACAGUCUUUGCGUUCACAGAUUAGUGAACAGCCUUCACGUUCACAGAUUAGUGAACAGUCUUCGCGUUCACAGAUUAGUGAACAGUCUUUGCGUUCAUAGAUUAGUGAACAGUCUUUGCAUUCACAGAUUAGUGAACAGUCUUCGCGUUCACAGAUUAGUGAACAGUCUUCACGUUCACAGAUUAGUGAACAGUCUUCACGUUCACAGAUUAGUGAACAGUCUUUGCAUUCACAGAUUAGUGAACAGUCUUUGCGUUCACAGAUUAGUGAACAGCCUUCACGUUCACAGAUUAGUGAACAGUCUUCGCGUUCACAGAUUAGUGAACAGUCUUCACGUUCACAGAUUAGUGAACAGCCUUCACGUUCACAGAUUAGUGAACAGUCUUUGCAUUCACAGAUUAGGGAACAGUCUUUGCGUUCACAGAUUAGUGAACAGCCUUCACGUUCACAGAUUAGUGAACAGUCUUCGCGUUCACAGAUUAGUGAACAGUCUUUGCGUUCAUAGAUUAGUGAACAGUCUUUGCAUUCACAGAAUAGUGAACAGUCUUCGCGUUCACAUAUUAGUGAACAGUCUUCACGUUCACAGAUUAGUGAACAGUCUUCACGUUCACAGAUUAGUGAACAGUCUUUGCAUUCACAGAUUAGUGAACAGUCUUUGCAUUCACAGAUUAGUGAACAGUCUUUGCGUUCAUAGAUUAGUGAACAGUCUUUGCAUUCACAGAUUAGUGAACAGUCUUCGCGUUCACAGAUUAGUGAACAGCCUUCACGUUCACGGAUUAGUGAACAGUCUUCGCAUUCACAGAUUAGUGAACAGUCUUCUCGUUCACAGUUCAGUGAACAGUCUUCACGUUCACAGAUUAGUGAACAGUCUUCAACGAUUCCAUCAAACCAAACCUAUACGAUUUAUUACAGGAAAAUU